AUGCAGCCCUCAGCUUCAAUCCAGCCCGUUCAGGAGCUUCCCCCUAAUCUCCAAGAAAUCGUUAAACUCUUCCAAGGAGUUCAAGAACCGAAAGCCAAGUACGAGCAGCUACUGUUCUACGGUCGGAAUCUAAACCCCGUGGAACCCCAGUACAAAACAAGCGAGAACAAGGUACAGGGCUGUGUUUCGCAGGUUUGGGUCCGGGCAUAUUUGGAUGGUGAUAAAAACGUAAUCUUUGAAGCAGAUUCGGAUUCGGUUCUCACUAAGGGGCUGGCCGCUUUGCUAGUCCAAGGCCUUUCGGGCCGGCCCGUGGAAGAGAUCGUGAAGGUGUCGCCAGAUUUCGUUGUUCUUUUAGGGUUGCAGCAGAGCUUAACUCCAUCCAGGAAUAACGGAUUCUUGAAUAUGUUGAAAUUAAUGCAAAAGAAGGCUAUGCAAUUGUACGUUGAAUCCGAGACGGCUGAUAAUAGUUCAAGUAGCCCUACAACUGAAAAGGGCCUACUUCAGAACUCGAGUUUGGUCCCAAAUGCUGAUGAUAAUGUUGGAAAUGGUGAGGUCAAGUUUAGUGAAACAGAUAAUGAUUUGAGGGAGCAUUCUGGCAUUAGAAAUGUAUUGGGUGAUAGGGGGAUGAGGAUAAAGGAGACUCUGGAAAAAGAGUUGAGUUCUGUCGAGUUGGAAAUCGAGGAUGUUUCUUAUCAGCAUGCGGGCCAUGCUGGUGUUAGAGGAAGUGAUGGCGAGACGCAUUUCAAUGUGAAAGUGGUAUCUCAAGAAUUUGAAGGCAAGAGCUUGGUUAAGAGGCAUAGACUGAUUUACAGCUUGUUGCAAGACGAGUUGCAGAGCGGACUGCAUGCUUUGUCAAUUACAGCAAAGACACCGGCAGAAGUUGACAAGCAAUACACCUCCCUUCUGUGUGAUAAAAGCACACUAUUUGGCGGGCCCGUCAUUUCCAGCUGGCACACCCCGUGCAGCCAGUAAGAAUAAUGAAGUAAACCCCACUCGACCCUCACUCUAAAAUCCCCUCUCACAUUAUACACAACACUAUUCCUCUGCCCCUGCCUCUGAAGCUCCAUAGCCAGAUUUGGGUGAAGAAAAACUUGUCUACACAGCAUGUGCACAGUAACCACCCGUUGCUCACCUGGACUUUCCCUGAAGGGCUCGAUAAUCUGAGCCGCCAUUAGAGUCUCCAUAAAGUAGAGCUCAAAACGCGCGUGCUCAUACCUAACGGUUAGUCUUCUGUUUGGGUUCGAAAUAUUUGCCAUGAAUGUGUAAUCGCCAUUAAUGAAGGCGGGAGGGUUGAAAUAUAUGGCUGAAAGGGUAGCGGCUGGCGUGUCGAAAGAUGGAGUUUUGGGUUGUAAAGUGAUGAAGAUGAUUAGAGUGGCGAUGCCGAAGAAGAUGAUGAGGAUUAUGAAGAGCAUGCAGAGAAUGGCCACACACCAUACCAUUGGGUUCGUUUUUCGAGAAUGGCUGCGAAUGGGUUGCUCUCGUGUUCUGAGCUUUGUGGCGUAUAGAAGGGAAUCGGGUGUUAAGGGUUGCUUUGGUAAGACUAAGUUAUAAAUGGGUGAUAACUUGUUUUGCUUUGGUGUGGGCUGUGGGGAUUUUGAAGGGACUUCCAUUUUUUGUUCCCUUGAUUUUGUUUUUCUUUUUUAAAAAUGGUGUUGUGUGUAUGAAGAAGGGAGGAGAAUGGAAUUGAAGAUGGUUUUUGUGUCUUUUAAAUAAACUUUGGAGUGGCAAAAAUGAAAAAGGGAGAAGCUUUUUGAAUUGAUGUUGCAAUAUCUAAAGUUGUGUUGUGUGUAGUUUGAAUUACUUUUGUUGCUUUUGGUGUUUGAGGGGAGAAAACGCCAAAAGAAAUUGUGUGUCAUCUUUUUGAACUUUGUUGAUGUUUGGAAUUGUUUUAUAAUUUGGGAUUGACAUGCUUAGCCAUUAAGGAA